UUCAUCAAAACAAAUUGAUAAAAGCCAUACCUUGAAACAUAAGACAGAGCGAUAUGCGUUUAGAAGGGGGUGGUGUAACAAUUGAAACAUAACAAUGUCAAAAACCCGUUUUCCAAAGCUAUACAAAUGAUUGCUCCAAAUGAACAAGGGUUACCGGGUUGUUGUCGACAGUCGUGGGUCCAUCUUAUCCUGGAUAUGUUCUGCUGAGAGGAGGUCCGGUGGAACAGACAGCCCUGACAGUUCAGCAAUGUCGUGAUUCCUCAUGAAGCAUUACAUAUACACCAUACUGCCAUCGUAUGUCCAAGUGGAAUAGAUCCUCUGCUCCUUCUUCAGGAUCACAAACCGCGCCCGUUCACAACAGCGUUCAUGAAGAUCAGUCUUUUGGCAUAGAGGGCUCCGCUGUGAGAAGAUAGUUUUCAGUUGCAGAAUCACUUCUGGGUCUGACUCCGUACUUCAUUCAAGUUGCAUGAGAUGGCUCACGAAAGAUGGCGUCAUCAUCUGGACUAUGUCAUCGUCUUGCUUGGCUUUGCAGUUGGAUCUGGGACAUUUGUGAAGUUCCCAUACCUUUGUAUGCGUAAUGGCGGAGGUGCAUUCCUGAUCCCGUUCGUAAUGUUUACUAUUAUCGGAACCAUUCCCUGUGUGUUUCUGGAGAUGGUCAUCGGACAAUACUCGCAGAGUGGACCUGUCAACGUUUGGAACCUGUGUCCACCGUUUAAAGGUAUUGGUGUGGGAACAGUGAUCAUCAUGUUUCUCUACACGGCGUCCUACAGCGUCAUCUUUGCGUGGUUUGCCUACUAUUUCUACAACUCCUUUUCACCGUCCCUUCCGUGGGGGCACUGUGGCAACCCGUGGAAUACGGAAACGUGUAUAUCUCAUACCAGUGAUGACAACAGCACUUUAACUGAGGACACAGAAAUGCUGACCAAUUCUACCCGUGUCAUGUAUGAUGCAGACCCCACUAAUAUUACCUCUGUCGCCGGGAUGACUGCUACAGAGGAGUUCUGGAGAUUACAAGUGCUACAAGUUACGGAUGGAUUAGAGACAAUCGGCGGGCUACGAUGGCCAAUAGCUGUCUGCCUUCUCAUUACCUACGUCACGUUAUUCCUGUGUGUAUUCAAGGGAAUCAGGGUCUCUGGCAAGCUGGUAUACGUCACCGUGGCGGUGCCAUACAUGCUCAUGUUCGUCUUCCUCGUCCGUGGUUGUCUACUUCCCGGAUCUGCUGAGGGAAUUUAUUAUUACGUCUACCCACGGUUUGAGAAACUUCUUGAACCCAAGAUAUGGAUUGAGGCUUGCAGCUUCGCCUUAUAUUCCUUGGGUAUUGGAUUCGGAUGUGUCAUCACGCUGUCCGGGCACAGUAGGUUCAACAAUAACUGCUUUAAAGAUGCUAUCCAGGUAACACUGAUCGAUAUGAUAAGCACGAUCCUGUUUGGAUUUGCUUUCUUCGCGGUUAUUGGGCAUGUUGCUUACAAAAGGGGUAUGUCUGUCGCGGAUUUUGAAUCAUCAGGAUUCAACCUGAUUUUCAUUGUCUUCCCACAAAUCCUGACUUACCUCCCGUUGCCCCAGGUGUGGGCGGUCUUCACCUUCCUGAUGCUCAUGACACUGGAGAUUGAUUCACUGGUUCCCGCAUUUGAAAUCGUCGUGGCUGCAGCAGGAGACCAGUUUCGAGGACUAGCGGAACGUCGGUGGCUUGUCACUGCAGCGAUCAUUGUACUCAACUUUCUCUACUCGCUGCUGUACAUUACACAGGGUGGAAUAUACAUUUUGACGCUCGUGGACUGGUUUACAUAUUUUCCCUCUAUUGCGAUUUUUGUCAUUAUGGAAUGCCUUGUUGUUGGCUGGUGUUAUGGCACAGAAAGGCUUCAAGAGGACAUCAAUUCCAUGUGGGGAAAGUCUGUUCCCCGUGUCAUGAUUAUCUCUAUCAAGUUCAUCUGCCCUCUGCUUCUGCUGGUAAUCUUCAUCUAUUCCUUGUACUCCUAUCGGCCACCCAGGUAUGGGGACUACGACUUUCCUCCCUGGGCAACGGCAAUUGGCUGGAUGGUGUCUAUUGGCUCCCUUGUGCCACUCCCUAUCAUUUUCUGCCUAACAGUCUUGAGGUCAAGUGGAAGUACCCUCAAAAUGAAACUGAAACAUGCCUUGGUUCCCAAUACGUCCUGGAUACAGAGGACGUCAAGUGACUGCACCACAGAUGAAGUCCUUCAGCCCAUGGCGCCCGAACACGAGGCAAAUCUUCCAUCAGAACCGACGCUGAAUGCGUGAUCUAGGGUCAUCGACACUUUGAACACAGUUUCAGUUAUCUCACGACGGGUGAAAUCCUCAAGUGAUGCAAAUUGAACAGGAACGAUUUUUAUGGACAGACAACUGCUUUAUUGCAAUGGCUGUGACGUUUCGGUGUAGAUGCUUACACAUCACUUGCUUGAUAAUGGUGUUAGCAUCAACACCGAAACGUCGCAUUCGUUGCAAUAAGGACAUUGUCUAUCCAUUAACAUUCGUAUCUGUUCUUCAUACCAGCUUCUAAAUGCUUCUCCGUGCAGUGAUGCAAAUUGUUUUACAGUCUCUGUAGAGAACCGAGUUCGUUGUUGUUAAAAUCUUUCAUUUGUCAAGCUUGUACACGUGACUAACUUUGUUGAAGUGAAAGCAUAUGUCCCUAUUGUUUACACAGAAAACAGUUUGUGAAAAUGCUGGGCGUCAUAAGUGAUAGUAUCUAAGUGACAUUUCCGACUAAGGCAAGAGGUUAGCAUUUUUAUAUUCUUGUUGAUCUGAUAUCAUUAUAAAUUGAGCACAUGACUCGGUUUUCCACACCAAAGGAAAGUAAGAGAAUUUGGUCGAAAAGAUCCGUUGACCUUUAGUAUAUCAAUGAUCUCAUGUUGUUUAAUAUCGGUAAAAAUACCAGUUCCUUGUACUUCACCAAUGAUCUCACCCUGUGUACACAUAUGCUUUGUCAUAUGUAAACCUUUGCACACAAAAUACUGAAAACUAAAAAAAAAUCAUAAUGACUUGAACUUUUAAAUAGUCAACCUUCUCUUGAUGCCGAGCUUCCCUUUUCGCGAACACCUGGUAUCAUCACUACUUAGCAGUGACCCAUUAACACAUUCUCUUGAUACAGUCGAAAUCGUACAGGGAUCAUGCUCAGACAAGAUAUUUCUUAAGAUGAUAGCGAUGAUUCAGUCACUUUUAUUACCACUUUGUUUGUACACUGAGCACUAAAUUGCACUGACAUACCAGGAGCAUACAUGCAAUCAGGAGAUCCAGCAUCUGGGAUUAGCAACGAAGAACAUAAAAUUAAGGCAGAAUGAAAACCAACGACUUUGCGUUCUUGCGCCUGCGGAACCAAUUUCCUCCUUCAACCGGAGGAUCGAUUUCCAUGAUAACAUACAAUUUACUUCGUCAGUUAGUUUGUUUGUGAUCCUUGUCUCAACACUGAUUCCAUAUUGCUAUAUGUCCUUUUUCACUAACGUUUCUACUAACUUUUUGUGAACAGUGUUUCAUACAGUAGGACAAUUACAACAUCCUUGUACUCCUUUAUAGAAUAUUACGCAAUAAUAAAAGACUAUGAUG